AUGAAACAGGACCCUGCCGAUGCAGAUGUUAUCAGUCACAAGCUGAUGUUACGCGCAGGCAUCAUUCGUCAGCUUGCCAGCGGGUUGUACACAUGGUUACCCCUGGGUCUGCGUGUGCUGCGGAAAAUAGAAACCAUUAUCCGCCAGGAAAUGGAUGCAACCGGGGCCCAGGAACUGCUUAUGCCAGUGGUUCAACCCGCAGAACUCUGGCAAGACUCUGGCCGUUGGGAAAAAAUGGGGCCCGAAAUGGCCCGUCUGCAGGACCGCCACGAGCGUGACUUCUGCCUGGGUCCCACCCACGAAGAAGUGAUAACCGAUCUGUUCAGGCGUGAAAUUCAAAGCUACAAAGAGCUGCCGGUAAACUUCUAUCAGAUACAAACCAAGUUUCGAGACGAACGACGACCACGCUUUGGGGUAAUGCGCGCGCGUGAAUUCACCAUGAAAGACGCUUAUUCCUUUCACGCAGACCAGGAAUCAUUCGACGCGACUUAUCAGGAAAUGUACAACUGUUACAGUCGGAUCCUGACCCGCAUGCAGCUGGAUUUUCGCGCUGUUGAAGCAGACUCUGGCAACAUUGGUGGCAGCAACUCACAUGAAUUUAACGUGCUUGCCGCAUCGGGCGAAGACACCAUCGUUUACGCAUCAAACGGUCCUUAUGCGGCCAACAUCGAAAAAGCCGAAGCAGCAGCGCCAGCCGCGCGACCUGCCGCCAGCCAGAACAUGGCGGUUGUUGAUACACCGGAAGAUAAAACCAUCGCCGCAAUCUGUCAGCGCCUUAACAUUACACCCGAUACAACCGUUAAGACGUUGCUGGUGCGAGGCGAAGAAGGUCCGAUUGCGAUCAUCCUGCGCGGUGACCACGAUCUUAAUGAGAUCAAAGCCGGCAAAUUACCUGGCAUAUCCCAGCCGCUGAGCUUCUGUACAGAUGCCGAAAUCAAGAAGGCAACGGGUGUAUCUGCCGGCUCGCUGGGCCCAGUUAACGCCCAGGUUCCCUAUCUGGUUGAUCGUGAGGCAGCGGCGCUGGCUGAUUUUGUUUGUGGCGCCAAUAUUGAAAGUCAGCAUUUUACCGGAGUUAACUGGGAGCGUGACUGUGCACUUGAAGCCCAUCAGAUCGUUGAUGCACGCAACGUGGUAGAGGGCGAUACCGCACCUGACGGUCAAGGUGAGCUGCGAUUUUUGAAGGGAAUUGAAGUCGGUCACAUUUUUCAACUGGGUACAGUUUACAGUGCAGCCAUGGACGCAAAUGUACUGGACAAGGACGGUCACAGCCUGACCCCGAUCAUGGGCUGUUACGGCAUGGGUGUCACCCGUCUGGUGGCAGCUGUUAUCGAACAGAACCACGACGACAACGGCAUAUGCUGGCCAACCCCUCUGGCGCCAUUCCAGCUUCAUCUAAUUGCGUUGAACUAUCAGAAAUCAGACGCGGUUAAAGCUGCAGCAGAUGACCUGUACGACAAAUGCCAGGCAUUGGGUAUUGAAGUCCUGUUCGAUGAGCGAGAUGAACGCCCCGGCGUCAAGUUCGCCGAUGCAGACCUUAUAGGGUUGCCGCACCGGAUUGUUGUCGGCGACCGCGGUUUGAAAAACAACUGUGUGGAGUACAAAACCCGCCGCGAUGAAAAAGCCACCGAGUGCAGCCUGGACACGGUGCUGGACAACCUGACCGAAUAG